AUGGCUUCCUCCGGCUCCGGCGAAAGGAAACUGGUGAAGGAAAUCCCCGGCAACCUCCUAAUCUACGACGACGGCACCGUGGAGCGCCUCCGCGACACCGACGUCGUCCCUCCCUCCAUCGACGCCGGCGGAGUCUCCACCAAGGACGUCGUCUACCUCCCGGAGCUCAACCUCUCCGCCCGCCUCUACCUCCCAUCCGCCGCCGGCGGAAACCGGAAACUCCCUCUGGUGAUCUACUUCCACGGCGGCGGUUUCUGCGUGGCCUCCCCCUUCUGCGCCAAGUACCACCGCUACGUGUCCCGCCUGGCCGCCGAAUCCCAAACCGUAGUCGUUUCAUUCGACUACAGGCUGGCCCCGGAAAACCCAAUCCCAGCGGCCUACGAGGACUCCCAGGCCGCGCUCCGUUGGGCCUUCUCCCACCGGGCCGGGAACGGGCCCGAGCCGUGGUUAAACUUGCACGCGAAUUUCGACCGGGCUUUCUUGUGGGGCGACAGCGCUGGAGGCAACAUCGUCCACAACUUGGCGAUGGCUGCUGGAAGUCCGGAUUUCGGGCUCAAAGGUGGGCUUCUGGGGAUGGCUUUGGUGCAGCCAUUCUUCUGGGGGUCGGAGCCCAUUGGAUCGGAGGUCCAGUUUCCGGAUAAGAUGGUGAAGGCCGUGGCGAGCCAUGUCUGGCCUUAUGUCUCUCCGUCGCACCCGGAUAAUGAUGAUCCGCAGAUCAACCCGGUGGCGGCUAAUGGGCCGGGUUUGGUGGGCCUGGGCUGCAGGAGGGUUCUGGUCUGUGUGGGUGAGGCGGAUGUGUUGAAGGACAGGGGGUGGCUUUACUACGAGACGCUGAGGAAAUGUGGGUGGGCGGGAGUUGCGGAGAUUGAUGAGACUCAAGGGAAAGGGCAUGGCUUUCAUUUGUACGAGUUAGAGAGUGAGAAAGCUAGGGCUUUGAUCAAAAGGCUCGCCACUUUCUUCAAUACUUGCUGA